AUGGAGUCCCCCGCUGUCCCGGUUCCGCUAGAUCCGCGGGAGCAACCCAUCCUCGAAUGCCUGCUCCGAACCCGUGAUGCCCUCUUGCUUUUGAAACAAGACAAGUCUUCUUAUAUCAAGUCACGCGAUGUUCUUCCGCUCUACGAAGAGGUGAUUGGAGAGGUGGAGAAGCUCAAUGCGGCCCGCAAAGAAAAGGAGCGCCGCUCGAUACAUAAUCGCUUGGACUACGUUCUCGAUGACUGCUUUCAGUUGAUCUCGCUGCUCUUCUUAACUGUGGGUAGGAACAAUGAAGCUCCGGCAGUCUAUUCUCUGGCAACUACUAUUCAGCGCCUGCUCGACCACCUCGAAGAAGCUGGAUUUUACAGCGCCAAAGACUUGAAUUCCAUUACCAAAACACUUGAGAACCUGCACGAAACCCUCGAUCGAGGACGCAACAACUACUCUCCGGCUCUUCUCACGCUUCUUGAAAGCCGUUUGGAAGAGUGUCAGAUCUCCUUAGGGAGACUGCAGAAAGGACUUGCGACGCUGGCCCCCGGGUUGGCGCAAACACAUGAAACGCUGGUUUCUAUUUUGCGGUCCACGUCUGCUGUUAAUACUCGCUCAAAGUUCUCGCCGACGGAAGUGAGCAACCUUCAGGAGCAGUUGAGGAAGAUCGAAAAGACCCAGAAAGAUGGCAAUUUUGUGGACGCGGACGGCAACAUUUAUGCUGGUCAAGAUGAAAUCAAGUCUUUGAUGCACCGGUGCUGGCGAUGGACUGAAAUUGUCCUGGAGCGAGAGGGCAAAAUCAACGAAAGGUUCCAGGAGCAAUAUGAUCGGCUGCUUGAGAUUCGCAACCAGUUGGACCGACUUUCUGUGACACAAGCCUGGUCGCUACGAGAGACGGAUCUGUUCGGUUACCAGCGGAAACUCGACCGAAUCGAUGAGGCGCGGGUUAAUGGAAACUUUGUCGACGCUGAGGGUCAACCAGCUGAUCUUCAUGCCCAACGGACAUUGUUGUACCUGAUUCGACGCAGUUAUGCUUACAUCUAUGCCCUCCUCAUCUCAUCUGAGCCUGUGUCGGAAGCUUUGCUGCCGGUCUAUAACCAGCUGCAGACCCUCCGCCGGUGUCUGAUUGAAGUUAAGGAGUCCGGUGGUGUAUCGAAUUCCCGUGAACUCUAUCCCUACAGCAUGAAGCUCAACUCAAUCGAUAACAUGCGCGUCGACGGCAAGUUCUACGUCGGUCCGGAUAUUCCUGAAGGCCAAGGAAGUGUCAAUUCUCUGCUAGCCGAAUGCUACGACCUCGUCUGGGAGUUGCGAGCCGCGGUGGUAGACGAAGAACCACAGUCUUAA